CGAAGCGUUAAUUAGCAGCCGCAGCUGGUGCCUGUCCCGGUCCCGGGGCCUCUCGCCGGCAGGAUGAUGUGCGCUGCGCUGGGCCCGGCCCCCCAGUACCACGAGCUGAGAGCCUGGGCCCCCCAGCAGAGACCGCAGCUGCAGGCAGAAGAGAAACGGGAGCUGCUGAAAAGCAAGAACAAGGGCCCUGGCGGGGACAAGGGGGCCAGGACGAAGAAGCCGCAGGGCAGCCGGGUCCGAGAGGCGGCGCCAGAGAAAGCAGCAGCUGUUUGCCCCGGGAUCCCGGCGACCCCCGUCCUGCAGAGAGGGGGGCCGCCCGGGGGGCCCCAGGCGCUGCUCUGCCUGCCCGAGGCGCUGGCCGAGGAGCUGAGCCAGGCGCUGGUCGCUCUGGGGAUGGCCCUGGAGCAGGACUACGCCUGGGACAUCUUCACCAGCAUGAUGAGGAAACAAUCCAGCUACGUCUUCCGGAGCUGGGAGGUGCCGCGCGCCCUGACGGCCGAGAUGCGGGCGCUGAUCGUCGACUGGCUCGUGCAGGUGCACGAGUACCUGGGCCUGGCGGACGAGACGCUCUACCUGGCUGUGUACCUGAUGAACGCCUACAUGAAGGUGGCGCGAGUGCGGGUUCCGGCCCUGCAGCUGCUGGGCGUCACCUGCCUCUUCCUGGCCUGCAAAGUGGAGGAGUGCACCGUCCCCGAGCCGGCCGCGCUGUGUUUCAUGGCCGAGGACUCGUUCGGCCGCCGGGAGCUGCUGCGCAUGGAGCGCAAGGUGCUGUCCCGCCUCAACUUCCAGCUGGGCUACACCAACCCCCUGCACCUGCUGCGGCUGCUGGGCGCCCUGGGCCGCUGGGCCCCGCAGGUCCAUCACCUGGCCAUGUACUUCCUGGAGCUGUGUCUGAUGGAGGCGGACUGUGCGGCGUUCGAGCCGGCCCAGCUGGCCGCGGCUGCCCUGGGCCUGGCGCAGCGGGUGCAGCAGGAGGCGGGUGCUGGGGGCUCGGGCGCUGGGCCGGAGGGCUCCACGCAGCUCUGCCUGUACAGUGAAGAGGCGCUAGGCGCUGUACAUCGCCCCAUGGCCAGGGCCGCGCUCCGGGCCGGCGGCUCCACCCUCCAGGCUGUUUUCCUAAAAUACUCGCGGCCCCAGAAGCUGGGGGCCAGCACCAGUCCGGCCAUCGCCGGCUCCGACUACCUCGCCCGCUGCCGGAGCCCAGCGCCCUGAGCCCGGCGGGGACCGGCCUGGGCAUCUCCACGGCAGCCCUGCUGGGGGGGAGCUGUGUCCCCCCCCG